CCGCGCAGGCUCCUUCCCCGCACUCUGUAUUCUACAUUGAAAGUGAGCACACGUUUUAACUGAAAUAAAAAUGGUCGUGAAACUAUCAGUCGCUGCGUUGUACGCGGACGUAUACCCAACUCAUCCCAAAUCUCGCGGCAGGCAAAUGGACUGUUCCGCUGAGAGGCGACAAAAAUUGAGCACCGCAUUGCCAGCAUUGGUGGAAGAUGAUUCUGAAGGGGAGGCUUACGAGUCGGAAAGGGAGAGAUCCUUCCUCCUUCGCACUGAGGACCUCCGCAGGCAGAAAUCUAUCUCGCCGCAGAGGAGGGAAAGGAUGCGGCGACAGCUGGCGUUGCCCUCGCUCUCCGAAGACGAAGAGCCUUGAACAGCUGUUUUGAGGCAUGGAGGAAGAAGUUUUGUAGCCGCUGGCUACCUUGAAGUGAACUCAUCGCAUUCUGGUUCACGGCCUGCACACCGUGAAGCCAUGAACACGAAGGAAAUUCGUUUAUGUGAAAUAGUGUCGGGAACGACGAUUCGUGGCAGUGCAAAGACAACAAGUGUAGUGACAACCAAUAUUAUUGUAAAGUUUUGUAACAGUAUAACAUAAGAAUAAAUAAAUGUGUGUUUCCUA